AUGGCACCAACUGCUCGAAGACAAGCAGGAAUAUGGAGGCAAACCCGAGCUCUCUUGUUCAAGAAUUGUCUUAUUAAGUGUAGGACUAAGAAAAGCAGUGUCCAGGAGAUCCUUUUCCCUCUCUUCUUCUUGUUCUGGCUGAUCCUGAUGAGCAUGAUGCACCCACAUAGGAAGUAUGAUGAGGUGGCCAACACCAACCUGGGCACCUUGGACACCUCCAUGCUGGUGAACUUUGUCAUUGGGUACACCCCUCCCACCCGAGCAGCACGAGAGAUCAUGAAGAAAGUGGCUUAUGAUAACUUUGAAGAUGGUAUCAUCACUGAGGAGUAUUUAAGUGAGGAGGAGCUGCAGGAGGCAAGUGCUUUCAAACCCUCCAACUUCGUGGGGGUUGUCUUCAAGGAUUCCAUGUCCUACCAGCUGAGGUUCCACGACUCCAUCGCCAUGUCCUCCAUUUACAUGGAAUCCAGAG